AAUGGAGAAUGUGGCAGUUAAUGCCAAAAGUAGUCCUACGAGAGGACGUCGACGUCAAAAAACGAACGAUAGGCGCCCUCUAACGGCUGAAGAAGCAAGGAGAAUACCACCAGCUGGAAAACCAUCGCAACUAUCCAGAUCACUAAGUUCAAACAAUCGAGCAAAUGUAGAUGUUCCGGUUUUUAGAACUAUAGAAUGGAAUUCGGAGAAGUGUAGCAUCCAACGAGCACAGCUUUAUAGAAAAAGUCAAACGGUCAAUUCAUCGCCAAUAACCACUUAUAAGGCCACCCAUGUUCCUCCCAAAGAUUUCCAAUACGAUAGUGCUACAUAUCCUGGCAGGAGGUGCAGAUCCGCCCCCGCCUCUCGCCACCGAAAUCCUAUUACGUGGCAAAAUUCGUAA